ACUUCAUAAUAAAUAUGGCGGCUAAUGGAACAACCGAUACACCCACAAAUCCGAAUUCGGAGGCCGCGCAAAAAUGGGAACGACCAUUGAAUAUAUCCGAUAUAAAAAAUGAAGCCAAAAAUUGGACACUGGCAUCCGAUGCUUCUAUGCUACUUUCCUUACAAAAUUAUUCGCAAAAACUAGUUUCACGAACUCAUGAAGUUGAAAAACUACUUAAUACUUUAAUUCAUGAAACAAAGAUGACGAAUGUUCGAUUAGACAAUACUUUCAAUGACUUUACAAUGCUAGCAAACACCCAAUUUGUUGAAAAUCCGAGUCGAGAAGAGGUGCUAGACAGAGUAAAAACUGCUUUGAAUCUUGGUUUAAGUGUCUUAGAUACUCAUUUUGAGAAGCUACAGGCCUUAGGUAAUAGUGACUCUGAAUCUGGUAGUGAUGAUGAGUCAUCAAGAAAUCCUUAUUUUCUUGAGGCCAAGGAUCCAUAUAUUCAUAGAACAUUGCCACAUCUUAUUGCAUCUCAGUCUUUCUUUAAAGAUGAAAAUGUAGGCUUGACCACAACUUAUUCUGAUGAUGAAACGGAUAAAGAAGGAAACGAUUAUGGUUCCGUGUCAGAAAGCGAGGACAGCAGUAGUGAGGAUAACGAGCCAGCAGAAGAUGAAAGUGAAGAUGAGGUAUCACAAGACAAAAACAAGUCUUUCGAACCGGAAUCUGAAGAUAAUGACGAAGAAGGAAUAUUCAAAGCUGUCGAAAAGAAUGACUUUGCAAAAGAAUCUGAUGACGACGAAGAAGAUGAGGAGGAGGACGAAGAAGAAAAAGAAAUGACCAAUCCAAGAAAACUUCAAAAAGAACUUUCAAAAACUCUUAUUGGAACCCAAUCUCAGAAUAUACUAGAGAAGAAAAAGAAAGAAAAAAAUAAAAACAAUAAAAUAAAAUCGAUGAAAAAAGAACCCGUUAAUUUGUUCAGUGAUGAACCACCACCUUUCGAAGAUGAAGAUUCACCGUUUGCCCCAAGUAAAGGGUUAUUCUCAACAAAGGCAGGCUUAUUCGAUAAUGUCGAAGAUGAAGAUGAAGAUAAAGAUGAUAUUACCUCAGGAAUAAACUCUAAAAUACAAAAUAAGAAUAAAAUAGCAAAAUCCAGUCAAUUAUUUGAUGAGAGCGAUCAGGAGGAAGAUGACUUGUUUAUAAACAAAACUAAGAAAAAAUCUACUGCCAACCACAGUGCCUUAACUGAUACAAAAAGUAGCAACUUAAAGAAAAAAGUAACAUUAUCGGAUGAUGACGAUGGCGACGAUAGCUUGUUUUCAGAUAAGAAAUCUACUAAAAUCAUUCCACAAAAACAACAAUCUAAGAAAAUAGGUCUAUUUGAUGAUGAUGAUGAAGAUGACGAAAUAUUUAAACCUACAAUUUCAUCCGAAAAAUCACAAGUUGGAAAAAAAACAGUUAAGAACCUAUUUGACGAUGAAGAUGAUGAUGACGAAUUUAGCGUUAGUGCAAAUGUUAAAGAUAACAAGUCGGAAAAUCCCAAAUCAAUAAAAUCUGAUACAGCAAGUAAGAAAGCAAGAGAUAAAGAAAAUAGUCUCUUCAAUGUGAGUAAUGACGAGGAUGACGACAUGUUUAAUACAAAAACAGUAGGUAAAGCAGAACCCAAAAUUGUUACUAAGACUAAAAAGGAAAAAAUUGAAGAAGCCCUAUCCAAACCUAAAAGAACUGCCACUAAAAAACCAGAGCCACUUAAUCUAUUCGAUGAUGAUGAAGACGAUGACCUGUUUGCUGCUCAGAAGCCAAAAGCAGCUACAACAACGCAAGCUGUUCAAAAGAAGAAGACACCUAAUGUAGCAUUAUUUCAAGAUGAAAAUAAUGAUGAUGAUGAAGACGAUCUUUUUUCUUCCAAGCCUUCUGCUAAAAAAACAAAAUCAAUGGAGAAGAAAAGCUUGUUUUUAACAGAUUCCGAAGAGGAAGAUACACCGCCUGAAAAACCGAAAGAGGAGUUGAAGAAAAAGAUUCCUGUAGGGGGCAUUUCGGUAUUCGGAAAUACUGACAUGUUAAAAGCAGCCCAAAAGAAACUAGCAAACAAUGAAGAAAUUGCUGAAUCAAAUAAUAAAAAAGAAGAUAGCUUCUCCGAAGAAAGCAGUGACCUCUUCACAUCCAAAGUGGAUAAGCAUGAACAAGAGAAACAAGAAGAGAAACCAGAAAAAUCUAGAGAUAUAAAAGAGGAAAAUGAAAUAGAAAAUCCAUUGACAAAAAAUGACAAUAAAAACAAGCCAUUUGGUGGAAUAUCUGUUUUUGGUAAUUCUCAAUUAUUAAAUGAAGCUAAAUCGAAAAUAGAAAAAGAAGAUAAAAAAGAAAAAUCUGAUGUUAAAUCAAAAAAGGCACCACAAAAAGGUUUAUUUGAUGAGGAUAACGAAGACGAUGACGAUGACCUAUUUUCUGGCAAAAAAUCAGGCAAUGCUAAGAAAGUAGAGAAAACUAAGUUAUUCUGUACAGAUUCUGAGGACGAUGAUAUAUUAAAAUCAACACCUACAAUCGUUAAGUCUAACACAGAAAAUAUUAACAAAACCACUAAUGACAAUAAAAAGUUAAUAGAAAAUUUAGAAGGAUCGGAAGUACCAAAAAAGGCAUUAAAUACACAGGCGAAUACUAGGGACGAGAAAACUGAAGUCAAUACAAAACAACCCAGCCCUAAAAUCAAGAAAUCGAAACCCAAGCAAAAAUCGCUUUUUGACGACGAUUCUGAGGACGAUCUCUUUAUUCCUAAGCGUAGCACCAAAUCUAAUACAAAAUUACAAGGCGAUCUAUUCGACGACUCAGAGGAAGAACUGUUUAAACCGAAAAUGUCUAAUAAGUCCGCAGAAUUAUUUGACUCAUCUGCGGAUGAUGAUAUUAACAAUAGCAAAAGUAUCGCCAAGUCAGAUUUACUACCACCCCUACCUGCUAAACCUCAAAAACAAAAAAUUCAUGAGACAUUAGAAGAUCCUCCACCUCUUCCACCUAGAUCUCCAAUAAGUUCAAGGAGUGUUACUUCAGAUGAGGAAAGAAGAAAGCCGAUUCCUCGAGCAAAUAAAUCCGCUGCAAAUAAACUACCAAUACAACCCGUGCCUUCCAUUACAGUGAGUAGCACGGACGAAGAUAUACCACCUCCACGUCCACCGAGACCAGCUAAAUUCCCAGUAUCUAAAUCCAGUAGUACUUCCCACAAAACGUCUGACAAUGAUUCGGAGGGAGCAACACCUCCCCUACCAGAGAGGCGCUCUAAUUCCCCUGUGCCUCCAAAGGUUACACCAAGAAAGAAGAAAAAUAAGCAAAGUGAUACAAGUAAUUCUAGUGAAAAAAGCGAUAAAAACGAGAGUACAGCAGGAAGUUCAGUUGAAAAUGAUCCUCUAAGCGGGAUAGAAGUAAAAUCACCAAAUCCGCUACCUAAACCUGCUAAAAAACCCCAAAUGCCUAAAAAGGAGGUUAACGAAUCAAAAACGGAUCCGUUCGCCGCCAAGCAACAAAACAUCUCCAGGCAAUUAGAAGCUUUGCGCGGGGGUAAAAAACCACCACGUGGAGCGGUUUCAAUGUUUGGUCCUGCAGUUAUUGUACCUAGGCGUGACCCGAAUCCGGUUGAAACUUCAAGCAGUCCAAAAGAAAGUUCUUCUCCAAAAUUACUAGGAGCUGAAAAUAGAGAUAGAAUAAGAGUCCGACCGAAAGAUAGGAGACCUCCUUCUAGAUAUAUAAUAAUGAACGAUGAUAGUCUUAAGGAUGUUAAGGAAAUAAACAAAGAAGAGAAAAAAGAAGAUAAUAAUAUUAAAACGAUAAAAACUGAAAUUUUAUCGAAAAGCGAUACAGAAGACGAAACCGACAUUUUUGACAAAAAAUCGAAUGAAAUAGAUAAUAAAAAGGACGUUAACUUAAACUUAAGUAACGAUGAAGGAGAUAUAUUUAAGAAAUCUUUAGAAAAGUCAUUGUCGCCUCCUUCUCGUCCGUUAAACAUAGUGAAACAAGAGAGCGACGGUUAUGAGAGCGACGAAUUGUUUGGAGCUAAAGUUAGGAAUAUACCAGCCGUUCAAGUGCCAAAAUCGAAAUCAACUAAUGAGUCACAACCUAAAAAGAGAGAAAUUCCCAAGAAACCUCUCAAAUUGGAUGAUAGUGACGAUGAUAUAUUCAAACCCAAGAAUAGUAAAACCUUAAUUAAAAAAGAUAGUGGAGAUAAUCUAUUCGAAGAUUCAGGUAAAAAGAAUACAAAGAAUUUGUUCGAAAGUGAUGAUUCAGAUUUAGACAUCUUCAAACGUUCGCCCCCUAAAACUGUGCCUACUAUGGAUGAUGAUAAUGAAGACGAUGACGGUUUGUAUUAA